AUGGGGCUCAAAGCUCUCCUGACCCUUCCUUUGUUGGUGUUUGAAGGGGCUGCGGAGGUGAGGCUAGCAGAUGGUGACGGGCGCUGUGCUGGGAGAGUGGAGAUGAAACUCCAUGACGAGUGGGGGACCGUGUGCCAUUUCUACUGGGACAUGUCCGAUGCUGCAGUGGUUUGUAGGCAGCUGGGCUGUGGGGUUGCUCUUGAAGCUCUUCACAAAGCACACUUUGGGCCAGGAUCUGGGCCCAUUUGGAUGGUUGCUGUUGCGUGUAAUGGCAAGGAGUCUGCCCUGUCUGACUGCAAUCAUGCAGGACGUGGUGAAUCCUACUGUUCUCACAAUCUGGAUGCUGGAGUGAUAUGUUCAGGAUUUGUCCGGCUGGUCGGAGGGGACAGCCCUUGCUCAGGAAGUCUGGAGGUCUACGACAGGGACCAGUGGAAAGCUGUCUGUCACUCUCACUUUGGUGCCAAAGCUGCCGAGGUGGUGUGCAGGGAGCUGCAGUGUGGCACAGCCCUGUCUGUCCAUGGGGCAGCUCAGCUGGGAGAAGGGGCCGGUCCUUUCUGGGACAGAGAGCUGCAGUGUGUGGGGAAUGAAUCCACCAUCCUCUUCUGCCCCUGGAGAGCCCCUGGGAAUGAGGCCUGCACCCACAGCAAUGACCCUUAUGUCAUCUGCACACAGUACACAGGGUUCAGGCUGGUGAAUGGCAGCACAGUGUGA